AUGGGUCGAGGAAGACUUUUCAUUUUCUUCUUCUUCUUCUUCUUCUUCUUCUUCUUCUUCUUCUUCUUCUUCUUCUUUUCUUUUCUUUUCUUCUUCUUCUUCUUCUUUUCUUUCAUUCUUCUUCUGUUCCAUAUGCCUUCUUCACUUUUUCUGCCUUUUUUUCUGCUUUUUUUCUUUCUGAUAUUUUCUUCUUCUUUUCAUAUCACUACGUUCUUCAUUAAUGAACAUUCUUUUCUUAUUUUCUACGUCUUUCUUCUACUUACUUUGCUCUCUCCCACUCCUUCAUUCCAGUUCUUCUUCCUUUUCUCAAAAUCUUCAUUAUCCUCAUUGCAGUUUAAUCACGUUCUUCGUCUCUCAUUUGCUCACGUCACCUCCCGUUUCAAACUUUUUACCUUUAUCACCCCUCCAUCUACAUUUCUCUCUCCCCAUUUUUCAAUCUCUGUCACUCGCUCUUCCUUUCUCUCUCUCUCAUCUUCUCUCUCUCUCCCUCCAAUGGUUUCCCUCUCUCUCUCCCUCUCUCUAUUUCUUACUCCCCACAAAUUUCAUUCUCAACAAAUAUUCACCUUUUUUUAUCCAAUCUAUUUGUCUGGCUUCGUUCUUUUUGUCUUACUACCUAUUUCCCAUUGUUCUCGUCUGCUAUUUACUGAAUUGACUGAAAUUUGCCCGAACUACCUUUCUCUCAUUUUUCGAUUAUCUCCUUCCCGCCUUUACUUUUACUCUCCAUAUCUAUUUAUCUUCUUUCUUUGCCUUUCUUCUCUUUAUUCUAUCUUAAAGUUAAUAUUGUUACCAUACGUUCCAAUCUUUAUUUUUCUUUUUCUAUUUCCUUCCUAUCUUUCCCUUCCUUCGCCAUCAUCAUUUUCUCUCUGUAUAUUUAAACUUUCUCUCUCUUCUUCUCUUCUUUUAUUUAUUUGUCUAUUUCUUUUUUUCUCCAUUUACUUUUUCCCGUUCAAUUUUCUGUCUCUUCUUGUCAACUUUCCUUUUACUUAA